ACAAAUUAGAAACCUGUCAUAUGAAGAAAGAUUGACAAAGCUUAAAUUACAUUCUUAAAUUACAAAGAAAGGCAAAGAAUUAGGGGUGACAUGACAUUGCCUGAAAUGUUGUGCGUAUUAAUGGCUUUAGGCAUAGUAUGUAUUAGCUCUAUCUAGAAAUCCAACAUUCUGUUAGUAACUCAUUUUGAAUGUACUUUUACCUGAAUGCACUUUAUAGAUAUUUUACCUAAAUAAACAUUACCUGAAGAACCUUAUAGGUAGAAAGAGAGCUUGGUAUAAAAGGUACAAAUGGGGAAGUCAUUUUAAAACAAAACUUUGUCCACCUGGUUAGAAAUGUUUAAAAAAAAAAAAAAAAAAAGAGAUAAAGAGAGCGAAAAGAAACUAUGAAGUUUGCCUAGCAAGGCUGUUAAUGCCUCAUCUAUUGUAUCUGGAAACUUAUCUGGAAGUGUUGAUGCAGCAAUAGAAAGACCUGUCCUGCUGGAUGGCCAAGUGGUUAUGUCAGCCCCAAAGGGAGUCAUAGAGGUUGAUUCACAGAUGAUCAUGGAUGGUUCACAAGCUGUGGUGAUGGAAAGCACCCAGAUGGUUAUUGAAGGUUCACAGGUAGUUAUGAAAGGCUCGCAGGUAGUGAUGGAAGAUACCACAACCAUUAUGGAUAGUUCCCAAGUUAUGAUGGAAGAUACUACAGAAUUUGAGCGUUCAGUUUUGCAUAACCCUCCAUGUCAUAAUAGUGGCAUAAGUGAUACUAUUAUUGUUAAAGAAGAAGACUUGCAGGAUAGUCGGUAUGGCCACAAUGAUCAAAUACUGGGACUGGCACAUGAUAGUUCAGUGUCAGGUAUUCCUGGAGAGGAUGAGAUUGGUAAUGUCAUCACAGAUGAAAGUGCACUGGAGACUAGCCAAGAAGGUGAGAUGCUACUUCGCAAUUUGGUGAAUGAGACUUUCCACUCCUCUCCAAGUACUACUCAUGGUCCUGACAACAUCAUUGUUACCACCAGCACAAUUACCACCAACCCUGUUCAGGGUAUGCAACGUUCACUAACAUCCUCAAAUGUAAUACAAGGGAUGGCCAUGAACAACAUUGCAGGAAUACCUGGCAGUUUAUCAACUAACACUCCAACCAGAAUAAUGGUGCAAACCAAUCAGGGUUCUCCUGUUAAAGCUAAUGCAGGACACUUUCUUAUUCAAGUGGGUGGUACUCCAGUUAGUGUAGCCCAAUCACAAGUAGUAACAUUAGGAAAUAAGAACCAUAUUGUUAUUCGAGCAGGAACCAAUCCUCCAGGUCAAAAUCCCGUCUGUGAUGAGGAAUUUGAUAGCUCAGGGCAAAGUAAUAUAUUUAAAGUUAUCAUACCUGAAGGCACUACCAAAUACACAAAGACGGCUUCAGUAUCAAUAGGACAAAGUGAACCAGUGAGGAAGCAUGUCCAAAUUAAUCUCUCAGACGGAACUACAAAGAAACAAGCAAGAUAUGUCUCGCACACUUCUCAGACACAAGGGGGAUAUGAAGAGGAGGAUAUCAGAACUGAUGGAGCCACUGAUAACAAGAGACUUUAUGAAUGUCCAACAUGCAACAGUAAAUUCAUGAGGCCAUUGUACUUAAGAAAGCAUAUGAGAAGCUGUAAAAAGGAGGAAGUGAAGGUGGAGAAAACACCCCUUUAUAUGUGUUCAUUCUGCAAGAUGACAUUCAAGACUCGACCGCAGAUAUCUCAGCACUUUUUGAAAUGCUAUCAUAGUCCGUAUCGUAAAAAGACAACUCCAGUCAAGAGAAAGGGUGAUGACGUGGAAGCCGAGACAGUACCUGCUAAGAGAGGGAAGAUGGAGUCGCUUGAAAUUGACCCGGCACUUGAACAGGCUGUACAAUUUAGGUGUCAAGAUUGUGAUCGUACCUUCAGCAAGGAGCGCCAGUAUUCCAGUCAUAUUAAAAAAUGUACCAAAUUCUCUGUGCAUGACCUCUCUGGAGCAAGAGUGGAGGUGAAGGGUGAAGACGAGGAGGAAGAAGAACAAGACUCUCCGGAAGAUCCAUUUGCUGACCCAGAUCCCUUGCCUCCACCACCAAGGAGAGGUCGUGGACCUGGCAGGAGAGGGCGACCUCCAGGGAGAGCUGGUAAUAGCGCUUCCAGAGGACCAGCUAGAAAUCCAUCACUACUUUUUGACGGGGCAUAUCCUGUAGCCAAUUCACGUGGUCUCCUGGUGGCUGAUAAUGAGGGUUUGGUACGAAGUACAACUGGUUUGGCUCACACUGUACAACUUAGCUUAGAGACAGCAAGUCAAGAAGGACAACCUCAACCGACUGCUUUGGUAGCAGAUUCUAAGGGAGUCAGAGGAAGAGAGAAACCCCCACAAGCCUGGUCUCUAGUAUGUGCCCUCUGCCAGAAGAUGUUUAUUACCAAAGCUGCUCUUGCACACCAUGUCAUGUCUGAGCAUGGUGCUGACCUUCUGCACACACGCAACAUUCUGGAUGGCAGGGUCAAGAAUGACCAGCCUCUCUUUAGAUGUCCAGUUUGCAGUCUUAAUUAUCAGACUGAAGACCAGUUCAUAGAACACAUGGUUCUUCAACACACAUCCCGGUUACAGGAAACAUUCACUCGUCUUCAGGGGCAGACAGCAACCUACGUGUGCUCCCUUUGUUCCCUUGUACUACUAACCAAAAAUCUGUUAGUUGAGCACAUGAGUCUGGUUCAUUUGGAGGAACUUGAGACACUGGCCCAGGGAGACACACACGUGGAGAUUGCAUCUAGAGUUCCCAAAAAUAACAAACUAAAAUCAGCUGUGAUGAAAAAAGGGAAUGAAGGUAUUCAUCAUGAAGGAAAUCGAGGUGAACUUAAUCAAGGUCAUUUGAAAAUGGAAAAUGUUGAAGACUGUGCCUUGGAGUGUGGUUUUUGUGGGGAAGAAUUAGCCACUCAGGAAGAUAUGGUUGAACACUACAUUGAUUGGCAUGGAGUAGAAACUGAUGAAGAUGGCUGCCUUUUGGAUUUAGGUAUCGAUGUGGAUAUUAGAGUAAAGGACACUAAGAGUCUACUACUGCUUGCUGAUGGACGGGUGGAUGAUAGUGUUCCAGAGAAAACUGUGCUUAUUCGCAAAAAGCCUAGACAGAGUUGGCAGUGUAAGGAAUGUCAACAAGUAUUUUCAAAACACUUUGACUUCCUUCGACAUGUUCGUGAAGUUUGUACAGAAGUGAGCCAAAGUAACAAGCCUGCUGUCUCCAGAGGGGGUAAUUUCAAGUGCCAAGAACCAGGCUGCAGUCAUCUCUCAUUUUAUCAGGUGAAACUUCUAUUUAAGCAUAUGGAAGAGGUUCACAAAAUUAUAGUACCAAGAGAAUUCAAGACUUUCAAAAGCCUAGAUCUUUUCUACCAAUGGCUGACUGGUGAAGAAAAGAAAUACAAUGUACGCUACAUAAGAGAUACGACUCGCAUUGAGAAGAAUGACAUGAAGCUCAUCCAGAUGGUGUGUCACAGAUUCCACACGGCUAAGAUUGAUCAGUCAAAAGAGAAGAGAGAAGGUGAAUCAGAGAGUGACUCCCCUAAUAAGCAGAAGCGAAGGUGGUUUGUCAGAAUACAGAGGUCGAGCAACUGCCAUGCUCGCAUCCAUUUAAAAGUGCAAUAUAAUCCUGUAAAUCAAGACUAUGAUGGGGAAACACAAAUGGUUUAUUACCCUCAGCACACUCACAAUGAAGUAGACCAUCCUCAGGACCUUAUGAAUCGCAUCAUGGAGAGACAUGCUAGAGACAAAUCAAACUACCUUUCUAGAAAUGGUAACCGCAAACGGUUAAAACAGAUUGGUCCACAUCUGUCACGGGGGGCAAUUAGUAAAGGUAAUAAUAGUGAUGAGGGCUUAGAGGAAUUAUUAGUUGCAGCAAGUGGGGAUAGUGAAGUAACUGGUCAACAAGUAGUGACUGAGGGGACACUGAAACUUGAAAAUUCAGCACUGACUGUAGAUCAGUAUAUGAAAGAAUUUUGUCAAACCCAACUGGAAGGGGAAGUUGAUGGAACAUCAUUGGUAGUUUCAACCAGUGGAUCUACUGGAGCAUCGUCUACUGUUCGUCAAGCUGGAAGACAACAUGGAGCAUCAGCUGUCCUCAUGGAAGGAGACGAGACAACUUUGGAAGCGCCCACUAUGUUUGUAGACAGUGAUAGUCAGUCAGCAGUGUUAGUUGAAAGUGGGGAACCUGGGACAUAUGUAGUUCAGGAUGGAAUGGUUAAUGUCUCCCAAGGAGAAUCUAGCAUGAAAGAGGAAGGAACAGAAGAAUAUGUACUACCUGCAGAUGAAGCAGAGUGGACAAAGUUAUUUGAUGUUCUCCGCCUUAGGUUGAUGACUACAGAACUCAAUGAACAAGAAAAAGGGGAUGGGGAAGGCUUGUUGUCUUAUCAAAAUGUUAUAUCAUAUUUACCAUUGGCAGAGCAAGUGAACAUAUUCCAACAGCUAUGCCUAUUAACUAAUACAGCUAUCGAAACAGCGGAUUAAACAAGGCCUUAUUUCAGCUUUGUUUUUCUAAUGGCAUAUAUUUUCAUAAUUUUUGUUUGAAAUGCACAAGUUUUAAAUUUAAUUGACAAAUAUGUGGCUUCUUUCUUUCUGAAUUAAUUACUCCCAUUUAUACAAAUAUGAAGCUGAAACAAAAGUAAAACUUUAUGUUCAUCAGUUUGCAUGGUAUUUGCCAUUGGAAUGUACUGGUUGUUACAUGGUUUUUAUAUUUUUGUAAAUUCUGUUCAUUAGCACAAGCUUUGAACAGUUUAAGUUUUGCACAAAUUGUAAAUAUGCCCAGUAAAAAUCAUUAAAUUUCCAUAUAUAAAUAUAUAUAUAUAUAUACCUAAAUGGCUUUAAUAAUAGUUGUAAUAUCCCUGAAUUGCUGAGUUGCUAUAAAAAUGUAAAUAUCCAAUAAUAUUUUUUUAUGCAUCAUAAAUCAAGAUUAGGUCAUUUAGGUGAUUCUGAGGAAAUGAUCCAUUAAAAUAAUUACUUUCAUAUGUAAAUAUUGAUUACAUGUGCUUUUCAGUAAUAUUGAACAAUUAAAGGCUGUGUUGAUAUAGGAAAAAAGGCCCUGAUGUAAAUGUAUAUUAGGUUCAGUAUUACAGAUAGUCACAGUGUGUUAGGAUGAUACAAAUUUGUUAAGUAAUUUGAGUAUUGUUAGUCUCAUUUAUCAAUGAAGUAAGUUUUUUACCUGAAGUUAUACAGAUCAUUUAUACAUUAUCUUAUUUGGAACAAGCAAACAAAAUUUGAUGUAGGACAUGCUAGUUACUGAUUCCAACCUUUAUAGUUAUCACACGGACAUCCAGAGUUGGUUAAUAUUUUAUUUUUGUUUUUUUGUUUAUCACCCAGUGGUUUGACCAAAAGUCCUAGUGAAUCAGAGUACCUGAUACCUGUGCUCUUGUAUUCCAAGUGCUGAGCUUGCUUGGUUGCUUUUGUGUACAGUUGUAAAAGACACCUAUUUGCCUGUCAAGUACCUGCUAAAGAAAUAUUAAUAAAUCCA